CGCGCAUUUCGUGACGUGUCAUGGCACUGUUUGAGAUGUGAAUAUGUGAUACGGGCGUUUGGCAUUUGGCUCGUGGCAACGACGACGUUUCGCGCAAUCCCACGCAGCGAAAGCAAGAGAGAGAGAAAGAGACCCGCGCGUACAGACGUGCGCGGCGUGCGAUGCAAUCGGGCGCUUUUAUAUAGGAAACAGUAUCAAACAGUAUUCAUCACGGAGGUGAGGGUGAGGGUGAGAGUGUGAGACGUGAGCGGCACAACAUAGACGCUUCUGUAGGGAGACUCGACGGCGACGACGACAAUGAGAACGACGACAGUGAUCCUCUGCACGCUAUGCGUGUUUCUGCACGGUGUCACGGCCUUCUAUCUACCUGGUCUAGCGCCUGUGAAUUACUGCAAGGCCGGCGAGGUCACGCCAACCUGCAAGUCUGAUAUUAAACUAUAUGUGAAUCGUUUAAACACGGAGAAAUAUGUCAUACCUUACGAAUAUAGUCAUUUUGACUUCUGCACAGUGGAAGAUGGACAGUCUCCGGUUGAGAAUUUGGGACAAGUUGUGUUCGGAGAACGUAUACGUCCAUCUCCAUAUAAGUUGAGCUUCAUGAAGGAUGUCAAGUGUGCUGCUGUUUGCAUAAAACAAUACACAGGAGGUGAUGAAAAUUCGGAAAAAAAGUUACAGUCAUUGAGAAAAGGAAUAGCAGUCAAUUAUCAACAUCAUUGGAUAGUUGAUAAUAUGCCAGUAACAUGGUGUUAUCAGCUUGAGGAUGAACGACAGUAUUGUAGCACUGGCUUCCCUAUGGGUUGUUAUUCAAAAGAAUCCAGAUCUCAGCAAGAUACUUGUACUAUACAUGGUCCGUACAACAAACCAAGAACUUACUAUUUGUUUAAUCAUGUAAAUCUUACUAUAACUUAUCACAGUGGUGGUUCGGAGGAAUGGGGAUCGUCUUUUAAGGAAAAUGGUGGUCGUAUCAUAUCUGUAAAAGUAGUGCCUCACAGUAUUAAGCAUACUGGUUCAGUUGAUUGUGAAAGUCAAAUACCAUUAGAGAUACCAUCCAGUGAACUCUCAGUUGGACAGACAUUUCAAGUGACAUAUACCUAUUCUGUUAAAUUUGUGAAAAAUAAUACGAUCAAAUGGUCAUCCAGAUGGGAUUACAUCUUGGAAUCGAUGCCACAUUCGAAUAUACAGUGGUUCAGUAUUCUUAACUCGUUGAUAAUCGUAUUAUUCCUUUCUGGCAUGGUAGCUAUGAUAAUGCUUCGCACUCUGCACAAAGACAUCGCACGAUAUAACCAGAUAGAAUCAGGAGAAGAUGCACAAGAGGAAUUUGGAUGGAAAUUAGUACAUGGUGAUGUGUUCCGCCCUCCACGUAAAGGAAUGUUGCUUUCAGUUCUGCUAGGAUCUGGUGUUCAAGUGUUUUUCAUGACGUUAGUUACAUUAGCGUUCGCUUGUCUGGGUUUUCUUUCGCCUGCUAAUAGAGGCGCGUUAAUGACUUGCGCGAUGGUGUUGUAUGUUUGUCUGGGAACCACCGCGGGAUACGUAGCUGCUCGAAUAUACAAGAGUUUCGGUGGUGAAAAAUGGAAGUCCAACGUGUUACUCACAUCUAUGCUUAGUCCUGGAAUUGUAUUUAGUUUAUUCUUCAUAAUGAAUCUAAUAUUUUGGGCGAAUGGAAGCUCGGCUGCAGUACCCUUCAGUACUUUAAUCGCGCUUCUGGCAUUAUGGUUUGGAGUAUCUGUACCGUUAACGUUUAUUGGUGCUUAUUUUGGCUUCAAAAAGAGGGCUUUGGAGCAUCCGGUACGAACAAAUCAAAUUCCUCGACAAAUACCAGAACAGAAUUUCUAUACGCAACCAAUACCCGGAGUCAUCAUGGGUGGUGUCUUACCGUUUGGUUGCAUAUUUAUACAAUUAUUCUUCAUACUUAAUUCUUUAUGGUCGAGCCAAGUGUACUACAUGUUUGGAUUUCUCUUCUUGGUUUUUCUCAUACUCGUCAUUACGUGUUCAGAAACGACAAUUCUGCUUUGCUAUUUCCAUCUUUGUGCUGAGGAUUAUCACUGGUGGUGGCGUAGCUUUCUCACGUCCGGCUUUACUGCUGUCUAUUUGUUAAUUUAUUGUGUACACUUCUUCGUCACUAAGUUAGAUAUUGAAGGUGCCACCUCUACGUUCCUGUACUUCGGAUAUACAUUUAUCAUGGUUUACUUAUUCUUCCUUUUGACAGGUUCUAUUGGUUUCUUCGCCUGUUUUUGGUUCGUGCGCAAGAUUUACAGUGUUGUGAAGGUUGAUUAAAUAAAACUGAUGAUGAGGACAAUACUUAUAUAUAUGAUGAAUGUGGUAUGAUGAGUGAAACUAAUCGCAAUGAGAAUGAGCGAUAGUCGAUUUUAUGUAAACCCGCGUUAGAAAAAAAAGGAAGAAAAAUCAAUAACGAUAAUAAUAGCGCACUCUGCGUCGUUAUUGUUGAGAUUAAGAUACAUCGUUACAAGUAUCAUAAAUGAUAGUUUAUUUUAAUAACGCGAAAGGUUUACAGUUUUUGGAAAGCGGACGUCGAUAUCGUCAUCGAGUAUCUAACAUUCUUUGAGAAGAAUUUUCUUGAAUAAGCGUCUAACGUACAUCAUACAAUAUUUAUUGAUGUAUGGUUUAGAUGCUGCGAACAUCCGCAUAAGCAUCUUGUUUUAUUUUUGCUCUCAAAAUGCUUGACUCGUGUCGCAAGAACGUCAUGCGGCACAUAGCCACGAUACGUCUCAGAUUUAGCGUUUCAGAUUAAAUCUUCGAUGUGUCAUGAAAUUGAUUUUGGUUAAUUUACUUUGUUUAUUCAUUCAUAAUUAUGAAAUUUUUAAUAAAACAAAUAUUAAAGUUACGCACACGUGCAUAACGACAUAGAAGUACAAUUCGAUUCUGAUUGUGAAAUGCACGUGUCAUCGUGUUUUUCAAAUUAUAAAUUAAAUACAUGAGUAAUAAAAAAAUGUACAAAUUAAGAACUA